UUUCGGUCUGUGUUAUAACAGUAAAAGUUGGCAUUAAUGUCUUCAAGUUCUGGUGAGGCCAUCAUUGUCCAGUUUCCACCUAUAAAUAACUGAAGCCGUAAGCACCACCAACCUCCAAAAUAGAGCCGUCGGCUUUCUAUUUAAGUGGCCAUGGAUAACAAGGAACUGUCAAGCAAAACCGCUGGGAAACCAAUUCGAUGCAAAGCUGCUGUUUGUCGCGAGCCAGGGGAGCCUCUAGUGAUAGAGGAAAUCAUGGUGGCCCCUCCGAGUCCCUACGAAGUACGAAUCCGUAUAAUCUGCACAUCUCUCUGUCACAGCGACAUUACCUUUUGGAAAUUGAAGGUGCCUCCUGCUUGUUUCCCCAGAAUCCUAGGCCACGAGGCGGUCGGGGUGGUGGAGAGUGUGGGUGAGAAUGUGGAGGAGGUAGCAGAAGGAGAUGUUGUCAUUCCAACCUUCUUGUCAGAUUGUGGAGAAUGUGCAGAUUGCUGUUCAGAAAAGAGCAACUUAUGUUCAAAAUUCCCAUUCAAGGUCCAUCCUUGGAUGCCUAGAUAUGAGACCAGCAGAUUCACUGGCCUUAAGGGAGAGGUUUUAUAUCAUUUUCUGUUCGUUUCGAGUUUUUCCGAGUACACUGUAGUAGAUAUUACCCAUGUAGUGAAGAUUGAUCCUGCAAUCCCUCCAAACAGGGCAUGCCUCUUCGGCUGCUGUGUAGCUACAGGGGUUGGUGCUGCUUGCAAAACGGCAAAUGUCGGAGCAGGAUCAACUGUUGUUAUUUUUGGGCUGGGAUCUAUUGGAUUAGCGGUUGCAAAGGGAGCUAGACUAUGUGGUGCAAAUAGAAUUAUAGGAGUGGAUGUGAACCCAGAGAAAUUUGAAAUUGGGAAAAAAUUUGGAGUCACCGAGUUUAUCAAUUCAAGGGACUGUGGGAAUAAAUCUCUAAGCCAGGUAAUCCAUGAGAUGACUGGGGGAGGUGCAGAUUACAGCUUUGAAUGUGUUGGUUUGGCAUCCUUGGUACAAGAAGCCUAUGCAAGCUGCCGGCAGGGUUGGGGAAAGACAAUUGUUUUGGGAGUGGACAAGCCAGGUGCACAGUUGAACUUCAGGUCCUUUGAUGUUCUUCAUUCUGGGAAAAUCCUUACUGGGUCCUUGUUUGGAGGAGUCAAAGCUAAAUCUGACCUUCCAGUUCUGUUAAAACGUUAUAUGGACAAGGAAUUGCAGCUAGAUGAGUUUGUCACUCAUGAGGUCGGGUUUGAAGACAUCAACAAAGCAUUUGAAUUACUUAUGGAAGGCACUGUAUCCGAUGUGUUAUAUGGAUGGACAAAUGAGUGAUUUCCUCUCACGUCUCUUGGGCUAUAUAUUUGCUAAUAACAGGACUUUACUUGUGAGUGUGCCCUGAUAUUGUCAUCAUUGUCUGAUUUUGUUAAGAUUGAGAUCCUCAUGUAUCCUUGCUUUAAUGUUCAAUAAAUUACAGUUGUCCCGAUUCAAAAUCUCAGAAAACUUAUGUCAGUGGACAGCUUAGCCUUAUUUUCUGCUAAACAAGAUGCAGACUAUAGAUGGUCCUCAUAACACUGAAUGCAUUAGAUACGCCAGUACCUGUCAAGUAUUCAUUUGGAGAGUAAAACCCAGAGGCAGCCUCCUCUGUAAUGGGUGCUAAACCAUAGAAACAAUAGUGAUCUACUUUCCACUUGAAACUAGUGUUCUGAGAUAGUAGACUUCAAAUGUAGGAUGUUUAUUGUCGUUAGUUCUGAGAUGCAAGCCAUCAUGAUACAGUGGUCCUAAACUUAUGAUGUAAAACUUUUUAAUAAUAUUCGUACCCAAAAAAAAAAAAAAA